GUCUGCCCGUGAUCACGGUUGCUGAAAAGUAACCGAAACGUCGGGAUUAUGUAGUUUUAAAAUAAUAAAAUCCGCGUAGUGUAUCCGAAAAUAUAUUAGUUUCAUUUAAAUGAAUAAAACUUGCGAAAGUCUUAGAUCUCAUUUCUCAAAUAAUUUUUAAACUUCAUGGUCAUCUAUUAUAAAUUUAUACAUUUACGUUAAUGAUCUCUUUGAAUCAAUAAGUCACAUCCAAAUUGAUCUUAUUUUACAUUGUAUUAAAGAAAUUCAGACAAAACUAAAAUACGCCGCUUGAAACUAUGAAAUUGACGUCAUCUGAGCGUGACUAAUAAUAAACAGUCACACGGAUGGCUCCGUUUAGCUAAAAGUAGAUUGUUUCACAAGCGACGAACAGUGUCGACGAACCUAAAGAAGAUGGCGCGUGAAUAUAAAGGCAAUCUAAAUCAUUAUGAUCUAAAUAGUGACCGAAGACCGUGGCAGGGUCAAGGCGAAGACGAGGCUUGCACCGCCGUGGUUUUGCGCUGCGUGUUUUGUCAUCUCCCUGCGCGAGAUCUCUGGCGGUGCGGUGGCGUGAGUCAAUCUUGGCGGCGUGCGUCUCUCGAUGACGUUCUUUGGAGACGUCUCCUGCUACCUAAUGCUACUCCCCAACUUUUACGAUCUCUUAGACAAAAGGUGAUAAAAAAAACUUUAGAUGAAAACGGGGCCAUUCCAUGUUGUUGGCGGAAAGAGUAUUAUCGUUCGAUAGUACAGUGGCGUCGAUCUGCACUGAGCGCCUCCGAUGUGCACUCUGCAUCAUUGAUCUCAGCUUCAUUACAUUCUUCUAACCUCUAUCUCGCACUAGUCGAUGAAGACAUUCAACUAACAGUUUGGGAGAAUAUAAAUGAGAACAUGGAAUUAAACAGUUUACAAAACAUUUCUAAGUGGGUUGUCCGUUGGGGAGGAAUAGUCACCACAUCGUGGACCAAGGUAGGACAGGUGCAAUGGGCUCCGAGCACCCGCCGUCUACUAGUCAUGGGACAACUAGCACUCACCGACCGCAGCGAGUUGCUCGUUCUUGAAUUUAGUGAAGAAUGGAAGAAAACGACUAUCUGUAGGAGUUCGUGCGGGUCGAGCGGUGGCUGCUGGGUGGACGACACCUCAUUUCUGGCACUACAACUACAGUGGUUAGCGCCCGGUAUCGCUUGUACCACUGUAUGGCUUACGGCCGCUUCACAGGAAACACAAUCCGAACAUAUAGGUGUCACCACACCAUUGAUGCGAAUUUAUAACGAAGCAUCUACACAAGUAACACAUGUGUCAACCAUCACGGUACCGACUAAUGAAUGCGCGUGGUUCCAAAAAGAGUUAGAUGUUGAAAUUGACAAAAUCACCGAGCCAACAACUUCUUACUAUCGAGCGCUACAUCCGAAAUGUGAUAAAGCAGAAAAGUCGUCCCGAUUACUGGUAGUGGCGUGUGGAGCGGCGGGUAGUGUGCGGGGCGAAGCGAAUGCGGUUCAGGCCUGGAUAUUGCCGCGUGCUCUCACCCUCCCCCGGGUGAGUGUCCAAGACGCUCUCUCCGAGCGUCUUCACCGUCACCGCCAGAGGGCGCUUCUCCCACCUGAACCUGACGAACCUCCCGAUGAACAAACCAUUCGAGCACUCUGUUCUCCACCUUCAGCCGUUUGUAACCUAUUCGCUCAAAUCUUCGGAUUCACUUUUCAUCCUAGAGGGGGUUGUAUGUGGGUGACCACGGCAGGGGGCGCAGCGUGUCUCUCUUUACCGGGACUACUCCCACUCCUCCAUGUACCUCACCACAUGACCCGGUCCGAGCUCUCACUGCCACCACACUAUGUAAUGCCCACAGUUGACGAUUACUAUUUCAUAUCUCCUUUGGGCCGCGGGUCCCCCCUUGUGUGCGUGUGGUCCGUGAUGAGCGCCACUCGUGGCCCGUCCCUCUGCCACGAGUCUCCAGCGCUGGCUGCUCUGCUCCUACCUCCCUCCAACAACAUCCACUCCUUGCUCGUACUCACGAGCGAGGAGCUCUUUGUGAGAAUAAAUAAUAAAUCCUGUUUUUAUCAUUAAUUGUCCACAAAGUAUUACUGCUACAUGGAUGUAUUAUUUUCGUUUCAGGUAUGGAAAACUCUUAUUAACUGAACUUUACUUUAAAUAUAAUGUCGAUUAGUAAUUAAUUGAUAAAUAUAUUAUAUUGAACUAAAAAUAUGUAUAAUGAGUAAACCUUUAGAAAACAUCCUGUUUAUAAUUUUUGAAAUAUAUAUUUAAAAUGUUUGUGUCUGAUCUUAUUUAAAGAUUAUUAAAUUAUUAACCGCAUUGUUUGUUGGGUUUAAUACGUUUGACUUUUUUUAUUAAAAUAAUUAAACCUUUUUUCUUAUAGUAAUUCAAUAACAAACGACAUGUCAUUUAAAUUAAUUCUUCACAUUUAGUUCUACCUACUAAUGUUAAGCUUCCGCUAUUUUAAAUUAUACCUUUAGGAGUGUAAAAUAUAGAAUCCUUUAAGAAAUGUUGAUAUUGUCGAGACUCUUAAAAAGUUUGAUUAUACUUUAAUGUAACGUGAGAAAAAAAAUCCUUGAUUACAUUUAUGUGACUUAUUAUAUUUAUUUUUAAAAUUAAUGUCGUCAAAACUACGUCCUACAAAUACUUCAAAAGAAAUAAAUUUUCAUUUCUUUUACUUCUCUUUAUUUAAAUUUAUUUAUACAAACGUUGAAUGAUUAUUUUCUCUGGAAUAGGAAAACUUUCAAAUUUAAAAUUAAAUAUCCAGUGUUACGUAAACAUAUUAUAAUAAAAAAGGAGAUAUCGGUUAUUGGUUAUAGAGAUCAAAAACAUUAAUAUUUCAGUCUAGAAAAUACAUUCCGCGCCACGCGACGGUCCGAGUCACGGCUUUUUAUACAACUGACUGACAGCUGCCCUCUACCGGUUUACAUGACGCAAUAUAUAUAUUUAUCUAAUAGAUACAAAUAUUGGAUACUACGGAACUAUUUUGCAUUGUGGAUAAUUUUAGUAGAAACUCUUUCUAAAUUAAACAAAAAUAUGAAAUUUCAUAGCCCACCAGUUUCAAACGUAUUUGGCCCUCGAAAAAACUAAUUGAGAAAUUACAUUCUUAAUAAGUAACUGUUACACACACAGCAUGGCAGUGGUUUUUGUAUCCCGAUCUGUACUUCGGCACGCUGAUACUACACGUCUAAUCACACGAAGUUUGUCAGAAGUGACUCGUCCGGGUGGUAUCGGCGGGUCCUGCACAUUCCCGGAACCAGCCGUGUGUCCUCCGUGUGAGUCUAAGCCCCAGCCCGCUUGUCGUCCUGCCCCUCCUACCAGCGCCACUCGCGGAGUCAAGCAAGUGUGUUGCGCACCACCUAUUGGUCAGAGACCCCCGUGCUCCCCUUCACCUCCAAACUGCUCCAAGACUUGCCGACAUGCCAGUGAAAAAAAGACCAGUGUUUCCCACUGUGAAACGGGUGAAUGUAAACAUAAACAACAUGAAAAAUGUGGUGAUAACUUAGAUCGCGUAGCUAGGCGCCUUGCAGCAGCCGAAUUCUCUCGACGUUUAGACUACGAACGUGAAGUAGCAGAAAAAAAACCAGCACCUAAGUAUGAGACCGCUGUUUAUCAACUUGUUGGAGAGCGGAAGUGCAUGCGCGCCACAGAUGGUUGUGAUUACGCUGUUUCUAAACAGAAAAGCUCACAACUUAAAUGCGGCCCAUGUCGAAUACCACCUCCGCCCUGUCCUGUAGAUCUAGAGCCAGCUGACAAUUGUAAGAUAAGCCAAGGCAAGUACUCAGACCCUUGCGCACAUAAUCCACGUGUAUUCGUGGAAAUAGAUCGUAGUCAAAAUUCACAUUUUAAUCAGAAAUCAGAUGUCUUGAAAACAAAUAUCAAAAAUGAGAAUUCAGGCCCUGCGAAAACACUUCUACAGACUCCAUCUAAGAAAAGUCUGACGUCGCGUAUUAUUGGGACAAUAAAAGGGAGCAACAGUGUUUGUCCUAGAAAAACUUGCACACGGGCACCUUCUGGUACAGCUGCAGAAUAUGCUGGUGAUAAAAGUUGGUGUACACGCUUACCACCACCCGCUGCAACUCCAGGACAAUGUAAGGAACCUUCCUUAACAGAACGUCUACGACGACGUUCAGAAAACUUGUGUCCCAAACCUUGUGGUUCGCGUCAUCAACUACAUUCCAAAGUAUGUACUGAAAAAUCGAUUGAAAACAAAAAUAACAUUAAAUCCAUUAAUUCGUCCAGUGAAUCGGAGAGUGAUAGAUUGAAAUCUAUUUUGCUCGAAAGAUCAAAGCUGAAAGAAACUGGUCUUGGAAGAGUAGUGUUACCUCAACAACAAAGUAAAGAUGUUAGUUCUCUAGGUAUGGGCGUAAUAGAGCUGAAGAUUCCUCCAGCUUCUGAUUUUGUUCGAGUUCAUGUAUCACUUAACUUUGACAAAAGGAAGUCUAACAUAUGUGGAAAGUCAUCUACAUCUGAAUUUGAUUGUACAAGAACAUUGUCAUCACCUUCUAAUGACUCUAACAGUUCCUGGUUGUCCAUUAAAAACCUACAAAAGAAAAUAACAGGAUGUCGAAACAGCGAACAAAAUCAUUCCUCAGAAAAAUCAACUGAAUCUGACAGCAAAACCUCAAAACGCAAAUGCGACAAAGAAGCGGGACCAAGAGGAGAGGCUCCCUCUUUUACAGGAGCACGAAAACCAUCGACUCCUCAAAAACCAUACAAUCCAUGUGGGCCUUCAAAUAAACGAUUUUCUAAGACGGAUUUAAUACAAACUAUUGGGUUAUGACUUUGUGAGUACAAUCUACGUUCUUCAUUACAAGCAUUAACGGUAUGACCUCCAUAGCUGUGUGUUCUUUUCAGACCAUGUAAAGAGAAUGAAAAAAAUUUUGGUGAAUUUUGAAUAAUAAAAAUCAAUAUUUUAA